UGAUUUACAGAAGAAGAUACAGAGCUUAAAAGAGAGGGAAGCAGGAAUAAAUUUGCCUUGUGAGAUCUGUGAGAAUGUCUGGAAAACCAGUUUGUCUUGCUGAUUAUGAAGAGUAUGCUAAAAAAUUUCUUCCAAAAUCUGUGUAUGAUUAUUACCGAUCGGGAGCAGAUGAUCAAGAAACGUUAGCAGAUAACAUAGCUGCAUUUUCAAGAUGGAAGCUGUACCCCCGGAUACUCAGGGACGUGUCUGUGAUAGACCUGUCCACCUCUGUGUUGGGGCAGAAGAUCAGCAUGCCGGUGUGCGCCGCAGCGACCGCCAUGCAGCGCCUGGCUCACGCCGACGGCGAGACGGCCACCGCGCGGGCUUGCCAGGCGGUGGGGACAGGGAUGAUGCUGAGCUCCUGGGCCACCUCCUCCAUUGAAGAGGUUGCUGCAGCGGCUCCCGAUGGCCUUCACUGGCUGCAGCUCUACAUAUACAAGGACCGGGAGGUCACCAAAUCCCUAGUGAGGCGUGCGGAGAGAGCCGGCUACAAAGGGAUCUUCGUGACAGUGGACACGCCGUUCCUUGGCAGGCGCAUUGACGACGUGCGCAACAAGUUCCAGCUUCCUCCACACCUCAGAUUGAAAAACUUUUCAAGUGAUGAUUUGGCCUUCUCUUCUGGGAAAGACUUCGGAGAAAAUAGCGGCCUGGCUGCGUACGUAGCCGAUGCAAUUGAUGCCAGCAUCAAGUGGGAGGACAUUAAAUGGCUUCGAGGCCUGACGUCGCUGCCCAUCGUUGCCAAAGGAAUCCUCAGAGGUGCGUCCCGCCGCGCCGGGGGCACCAGGGGUGGCAGCCUGAUUCUGGUGUCAAAUCACGGAGCAAGACAGUUGGAUGGGGUCCCUGCAACUAUUGAUGUCUUGCCUGAAAUCGUUGAGGCUGUGGGGGGCAAGGUGGAGGUGUUCCUCGAUGGUGGUGUGAGAAAAGGCACAGACGUUCUCAAAGCAUUAGCUCUUGGAGCCAAAGCAGUAUUCAUCGGGAGGCCUCUCAUCUGGGGCUUGGUUUAUCAAGGGAAAGAAGGAGCACAGGAGGUUCUGCAGAUGCUGAAGGAAGAGUUUCGCCUGGCAAUGGCCCUCACAGGUGAGACAUCUACACUUGCCAGUCCUUAUGUGGACUCAUCAAGGUCCUUACGUGGACCUAUCAAGGUCCUGAAUGUGCUUGCAGCCUCUUCUUGCAAGCGAACGUACGAAGCUGGGUAUCAGGGCGCCGAAGGCCAGGCACAGAGGGUCUGCUAA